GUAGGAUAUACACACACAGGUCUUCGGAAGCCAUACCAUACACACUGAAUGGGAGUCUACAUAUAUACAUGUAUAUACUUGGAAUAUCUGUAAUGCUUAAAUUCGGUGGGCGCAAAUACAGUACGGAAUAUUCGAUCGAUGUAUCUCGAUCGCUGUGAGAGAUGAUUAGCUUAAUAGGAUAUAGACUGUCGAAGUUUUAAUGAGAGAUACUACAGAAUGACGAGUAAAGAGAAUGUUCCAGUGCACCACUUAGCAGCACAACCCAAUGAUUUUGAACUACAACAUCGUCCUACGAUUAUAGCUCACUUGCCGCCACUUAGCGCCCCACAGCCUGCAUUCAGUGAAAAACCAAAGAUAUUACAGAGAGGCUCUUGGACUCAAGCUGCACCAUUCAAAGAAUUGAAGUUUUGCCGCCAUGUCAGUGAUUCCAUUGCAAAUAACUACAGUCCCACAGCGAGAAACUUAACCACAUCAUAUAUUUAUGAGAUCACUAGAAAAUUAGAUUUCAAACCGAUUAUAAUGCAUUUAGUGGAUGAAUACAGCUCUGUCUGUAUAGAAUUCACAAUGAGCAUCAAGGGCAUCACAAUGGGACAUCACUUUCACUAUCCUCCCCCACUGGGACCUAUGACAGAGGGUCCACCUCACCCCAAGCUCAAUUGGAACAGUCCAAAAAUGGCAACAGAAGUCCACCAAGAAGAAGUUCACAUGGAACCACUUUGCACAGACCCAAAGACGGCGCUGCCUUCAAUCCCAGCGUCCAAGCCACUCAUGGCUCAGUCACCAGCCAUGCCUCCACAACUCAGACUGGCUCAAGUGCAGUACCCGACUCUCUACCUCCCAUCAAUGGUGCCACUCCUCUAUCUAGUCCUCGACAACAUCAUGCAAACGGACUCAAUGGCGACAAUGCCGGAAUGA